AUGGAGCCUCCACCUCCUCCAGAUCACCAUUUCGCUCCCAUCGACCCUCGCAUACAUCCUAGCCCCAGGGUGAUGGACGAAGUGUUCGAGGCUUCAGCAGAGUACGAGGAGCGCAGGCCUGCCAUCCACCAACGCAUUUCUGAAAUGUCUCUUCACGACGAUAUCCCAGAGCAUCGUCCGCGAGCCGAGCACCGGAGAUCGUUUGCUGUUCCAGCCAUAACACAAGACUAUUUAUAUUACCGGUUCAUCAAGGAUGGCGACGACUGGAGCUCAGCAUACAAGACCAGCAUAUCCGCACCCAUCGAGCAGAUUGAGAAGAAAGCCAGGAAGCGUAAUGGCGACGGCACAGUCUUGGAUCAGAUGACUCGCAUGUCCCAGCUACGGCGGGACCAAAUCGAAAGAGCGGUGCAGGACGCCAACACUCAUGAGGCUGGUGAUGCCCAUUGGACGGUCGUCUACAUUAAUGCCAAGAAAGUUCUCGGAAGGAACCGCAUCCUUGUCCCGGAAAUGGACAUUAUUCUCGCGAGGACGAAGAAGUCCAAAGCACGUGUCAAGCCUCUCAGCGGCGUACUUGUGGAUGUCGUUGAUCGGAGAAAGUCGACAAGUCGAAACGACAAGAAAUGUGCCGAGGACACCUAUACUCAACCACGAAAAGAUUCGGGAUUGGUCUUGUUAGCAGACCCAAUCGGCAAUCUGCCACUAUUUGACAAUGACGGCAGGCCAAGGGACGAGCUUGGUGCGAUUCACUUUGAUAAUGCCGGUCUACCUCCCCAAAUUCCCCGAGAAAAGCCUCUGGGGGCGAAGCCUGAACGCAGAAAGGAAGACAAAGGGGGGAAACGUGACAAGAGUCAAAAGCGCAGCAAAUCACGAGACAAGGGCCACGCACCCGACGAUGGCAUAUUCGCUGUUGGUGAUGGUGUUGACUUCGAUGAUGGCUUGGAUGCCCCCGUUGAAGUCAUGUUUGGCGAGGUUCCAUCCGAUAAGCGGGGCCGGACAGGAAAGUCCGCUCAUGAGCAUCCCGAAGUGGUUGGCGGAGAAUUUUCCAGAUCGUACUCUCGACGGCGAGCACAGGCUGAGGCUCGUGGUUUGUCACGCUCCAAGUCUCGGUCCCGUAGAGGCUCAGUGCAUUUCCCAACUCAGAAUGCCCAACAGUACUUGGAUCCGGGCAGCUCAUCAUCUGAAGUGAGUGAGCCUAGUCAUUACGGAAAUGAAUAUGCAGAGAGUUCAAAUACCUCGCUUAGCAGUCCAGGAGGCGUACCACGUCGAGGAAGUCUGGUUCACCCACAACCACGCCCUGACACAGUUUACAAGAAGCAUCAUCCAGGGCCGACUCGCUCCAUGUCAUAUGCAGAAAGACCAUAUCAUGGCGAACAACACAUCAUCACGCCAGCACGGUCUCACCGUAAUUCUUUUGUCGCAUAUGAGCGGCCCAGUGAAAGAGCCAGAUAUGAACGCCCUCCGCGACCUGUGAGACAGGCAACCGACCCCAUUUUGGAAGGGAGACGAAUCCUGUAUCAUGAACCGCCUUUACCGGCCCGGUCUCAGGACGUUGUGGCUGUCCAUCGCUUGAGUGAUGUUCCGCUUGGUCGUUUCGUCUCCGCCGACUCCGGCAUGCCCAUCCUGCUCUAUCCAGACGAGGAGCGCGACUCGUACUUCCAUGACGAUAUUGACAGGCAGAGUCUGAGGGCCGAAAACUAUCAACGUGAAAGGGUGCAGGAGGACUUUCUCAAGCAACGUGAGCGAGCAGCCCUGGACAUUCGAGCAGAAGAAAUACGGUCGUUGAGAAGGCAGCCGGAAAUGGACUAUUACGAGGACCGAGACAGGAGAGAACGGAGAGAUUCACGUCCGAUCUACUACGACCACACGACUGGACACUAUUUUCGGUAUUAUGAAUGA